GCGGGGCUGCGAUGGCCGGGCGCGUGGGCAGCGGGUCCGGAGAGGGGAGCUAGCGGCUGGUUUGUGAUCUGAGGAAACUCUCAGGUUAUUAGGUUCCUGCAAGUUAUUUGGGGACUGAUCAAGAUUUCAAGCUAAAGGUGGUGAUGAACAACCUGAGGGUCAUUCUUCAAGCGGCUCCAUAUAAAUUGCUGUGGAGAAAGUUCCAGAUUCCGAGGUCCAUGCCAGCAAGGCCCUGCAGCCUGUAUACUUGCACUUUUAAAACUCGGAACCGAACCUUGCACCCACUCUGGGAGAGUGUGGACCUGGCUCCGGCAGGCGAUCGACAGUCGCCCAUCAACAUCCGGUGGAGAGACAGUGUUUAUGACCCUGGCUUAAAACCGCUCACCAUCUCUUAUGACCCGACCACCUGCCUCCACGUCUGGAAUAAUGGGUACUCUUUCCUCGUGGAAUUUGAAGAUUCUACAGAUAAAUCAGUGAUCGAGGGAGGACCCCUGGAACACAACUACCGAUUGAAGCAGUUCCAUUUUCACUGGGGGGCCAUUGAUGCCUGGGGCUCCGAGCACACCGUGGACAGCAAAUGUUACCCAGCAGAGCUGCACUUGGUGCAUUGGAAUGCAGUCAAAUUUGAAAGCUUCGAGGAUGCAGCACUGGAAGAAAAUGGUUUGGCUGUGAUAGGAGUAUUUUUAAAGCUAGGCAAACAUCAUAAAGAGCUACAGAAAUUGGUGAAUACUCUGCCAUCAAUUAAGCACAAGGACGCCCUUGUGGAAUUUGGGUCAUUUGACCCUUCCUGUCUGAUGCCCACCUGCCCGGAUUACUGGACCUACUCGGGCUCUCUGACUACCCCGCCCCUCUCCGAGUCCGUCACCUGGAUCAUUAAGAAGCAGCCAGUAGAGGUUGAUCAUGAUCAGCUUGAGCAAUUUCGGACCCUGCUUUUCACUUCUGAGGGAGAGAAAGAGAAAAGAAUGGUGGACAACUUCCGGCCCCUUCAGCCCCUGAUGAAUCGCACUGUCCGCUCAUCCUUCCGUCACGAUUAUGUGCUGAAUAUACAAGUAAAACCCAAGCCUGCAACCAGCCAAGCAACCCCCUGAAACAUUCAUAUCUAGGCAGUAUUUUGCUUUAAUACAUACUAGCUUUUAAAAAAAUUGUUAACUAGACUAUUCUAAAUGCCUGCAUUCAUGCCAAUGUUUAUAGAUGUGCAUUUCUUGGUAUGGGAGUGCUUCAGCAGUCUUUGCGGAGAGCUAUUUGGUAAACAAAUUCUUACUUUGGCUGAUAAUGAUGUUUAUCAGUAAAGUACUAGCAAGAGACACAAGUUUCUCUUACAGCAACCUGUUGGUAAUUGUAAUGUCUUUUCAUGUCUGACAUUCUUGAGCUAUCUUUUUAUGUUUAUAUCAAUUAGCAGUUCUAUAGAGUUAUAAGCAGGGAUUAUAAACGAAAUGUUUAGCAGCUGGUAAGGCACAAACACUGACAAUCCAGAACUCAGGCCUUUCAGAAACUGCCGCAGGGUCCAGACUGGUACUUCCUGACUGAACAUAGGCAUGUUUUGAAAUAAAAUAUACUUAUUUUAUUUCAAAACAUGACUGUAUAUUCUUUUAUAAGGGCUUCUCAAUGAGUAUGUUCGCCCUAGUCUUUAGUUGUCAUUACUAGUAUAUGAUAUGCUUACUAUCAAUUUAUGAUAUAGAAAAUAUAUUUUAUAGUCAUAAGAAAACAAAGAUUUUUACUAUAUCUAGAAAUUCUUUUGCAUUUCUGAAGAUCAAAUAUUUUACUUAAUGGCUUGAUCAUAUAGAAAGCAUAUGCAGAACAUUUUAAGGAAUAUGUUUAAAGGGCCUAGAACUUAGAAUUCAUUCAUAUUCUUUAAGAAAUAUUGUUCAAAGGACUAAUAAUCUAAUAGUCUAUAGUUUAUAGUAUUAUUUUGCAUUAUUUGUAUACCAUUACAUAUAAUAAAAUAACAUUUUCUACA